CAAAUGUAGAAUCUUAUUUACGAUGAACGUGAGGAACAAUGAAGCUCUUAAAACAACGACUUAAGCAUGAAUUAAAAGACAAGGGAUGCCGUGCAUGUAAGUCUCUCUUUAAUGGAAAUCGAGGCCUAUCCUUACAAAACUCCAAAUCUUCUUUAGAUUCUGUAGUUCUACUAAGAUGGAUUUACUGUCGGUUUCUUUAAAGCAUGUUGAUUACAUACGGUUCACAUUCAUAAAGAUGGAUAUUAAAGUGACAUCAAACCUAUAACUUGGCGUAUGGAUAUAAACCUCUUCAUCGUAUUUUGGAGUUGCAAGUUCAAGGAAUUCUUAUAUCUAGAGUUUCCCAGCAAAGAAGAGUUUACGUAUGAUUCUUUUUUGCAAAAUGUAACAUUGGAAAUAGAGUAAAUGAAAUUAAACGAGACACCACAACAGUAUUUUUGCAUCUUUGCAUUAUAUAAAGUAAUAAUUCAAUAUCUUAUAAUGAAUAAAGAUGUCUUUUUCCCUGCAAUAAUUUUGUUUCGGAAUGGUGACUUACAGUAAUGGAAAGGGACAACACUACUUUAAUACACAUUAUAUUUCCUUGGGAUAUCAUUGAAAACUAUACUAAUAUUACUGACAUUGCCAAACGUAACAGUGACAGUCAUAUAUGGAGAGACAUACCUUUGGGUCUAGUAUUAACUUUUCUGUCACUUCUAACGUUCAUUGGGAAUGCUAUGGUACUUCAUGCAGUCAGAACUGAAAGACGGUUACAAACGGUAAGCAACAUGUACAUCGUAAGUUUGGCAAUGGCUGACUUAAUCGUAGGAAUUAUAGUGAUGCCCAUCAGUACUAUUUACAUCUUCACAGAGGAAUGGAUAUUUGGAGUCGCUGUCUGUCAAAUCUGGAUUGCAGUGGACUAUACCGCCAGUACAGCGUCCAUUCUUAAUCUAUUUAUACUUAGUGUCGACAGGUAUUGGUCUGUGACGUCACCAUUACGUUAUUUACGGAAAAGAACGAAAAAGAGGGCAUUGAUUAUGAUUUCGAUUGUUUGGGUAAUUUCAUCUUUAUGGAUAAUACCUAUUGUGGGGUGGCACCAUUUUGCUCAUGAUGGUAUCAGGACUGUUCCAUCAAAUGUUUGUGACACGGAAUAUGCCAAGGACUCUAUUUUUAAAGUGGUGACAGCGUUUUUUAACUAUUUUCUUCCUCUAGCUAUUAUGUAUAGUCUUUAUGGUAAAGUUUUCCAUGAGAUCAGAAAACGGUCAGCUUUGGAACUUGGACAGCAAUAUCCAACAGCAACAACACCAAUGGCGUAUAAUUAUGACGGAGAUUCGCAGUUAGGUGGAAGCAGCAGCUAUAGUGAACCACGCAUCGAUACUUUUACAGAUCCACAUUCCAACAGAAUUGAAGAUGCCAAUCAUCCAACGACCAUGAAAAACGGCUCACUCCAGAGAAACAAAAAAGUAAAACUUAAGAGUAGUAAAUGCCUCGUUUUGAAAUCGAAUAAGAUUUUGCUGACAACGAGCAGUAACGGAGCUUCUGAUCGGUCAAGGUUAGCUCAGAGAUGUAGGGUGGAAUACAUUUAUGACGAGAAUGUUCUAGAUCAAAAGACAGAAAAAUUGGAAAGAUUUUACUAUGAGGAAAACAUUCCAUUGUCCUCCAUUCGUUCCAUGGACGCCACCAACCCAAGCUUUUGUAAUGAUUAUUUAGCAAAUCCAUCAAGCUCUCACCAUAGUUCGAGUAGUGAAGAGAGAUAUCAGGGUACUUGUAACACGGGUAUGAAAUGUAAUAGGAAGAUGCUGAAAUGUAAUAAUGUUUACGGGUUGACAAAUGGAAUCGAAAAACUUCGUCAAACGGAGAACAUUUUAGACACUACAAUGAUGACGAAUGGAAACAAUGAAAGCGACAGCAAUAAUAUAGUACAAAGCGUUUGUAUGUUUGGGGAUGUGACUUCUCGUCGUAUCUCAAACAUGUUUAAUAUAAAACAUCGCAUUAAAAAUUUUCGUCAAAGUUCGUCCCUCACGAGAGAAAUAAAAGCUGCCCGUCAACUAGGAGUCAUAAUGGGAGCUUUUACAGUUUGCUUCUUGCCAUAUUUUACUUUGUUUUUAGUGGUAGCUUUUUGUGAUAGUUGUGUCGAUACGGAGCUAAUGACAGCCAUGACCUGGAUAGGUUACCUAAACUCAACAUUAAACCCCUUUCUGUAUCCUCUAUGUAAUAUGAACUUCCGCCGGAAAUUCAGGAAAAUGCUGCGUAUUGAUCGCAAUAUUAAGCGACGUUCACGACAUGCCGUAGAUCGAAAUAGCCUUACAAUGAGAUAUGACUGACACAAAUGUCGUAAAAAUCGUUAUAUUGUUUUAUUUAAUGCUUUCAUAACA